ACAACACAACGGCAAAUCACACAACACAACACAAAAAGAGACAACACAACACAAUUAAGAGACCACACAACGGAAGAGGUAGGUACCUUCGGGCCACAUGAAUCGUCGCUGAUUGGACAAAAGAAUCUGGACACGACAGCCCGCCGAAAAUCACAAGAACCCAGCGCGUCAGAUCCGGUCUAUGGCUAGAUCAUGUCUGGAUCAUGUACAGGAGGACGGCUAACCAAGCCAAGGCAUUUGCAAAGGAAAUGUUUUGUCCAAAUUGUGGGAAAUCUUAUGAUCAAAAGCCAAACUAUUGCAGCGAAUGUGGUCGAAAGCUGCAAGAGGACGGCGGCCAUCAAGUAUCACGACCAUCAACAACACAGAACCCUACAAUAGGGACCUUUUUGGAAUACAGAAAAUGUAAAGGCGAAGAGAGAGCAAAGUUUUCAUGUGGCAAAAAAUCUAAGCCAAAGAUCUGUAAAGUACAGAUAAAUAUUGGUUUAAUGACACUUGGGAGAGGUGGUGUUCUUAAGCCAUGGCGUGGGAGAUCUAUUUCCCUUUCUACACAUCCUGACAUCAGUGGCCCCGAUCUCCUUGAUGAGGCAGUGAGGAAAAUGAGGGACUUCAACAAAGACCUGGAUGAAGGACCUUUCCUCCUUCUUUAUCCAGAUGGUUCUGAAGUUAUUAAUAUCCCUGGGACACAAAUACCAUUUUCUCUAAAAGCAUACAAGGAAGAAAUUGGCAAGCAGUAUCAGCGAAUCGUGAUUUUUAUCUGCCAGAAAGAAGACUUUGAGAAAGUUUUCAGAGAAUUGCCAGACACAUUUGACUCCGACCCUGAGAUUGUAAUAAAAACAACAAGAUCAAGAAUUCAAAAUCAAGAAUUAGAUCUAGCUGAUACACUGGUAUUUGAACCUCCCCACAAAAGCAGUCCUGUACACGAAGAGCCUGACCAGGUGAAUGAUGACGAGGGGUUGAGGGGUACUGAAGUACAUCAGGGGGAAUACAAAGCCAGGUGUGUUGAUGUCGAGAGCUCCUGUUACAGGAAGUACACCAACCUUUUUGCACCUAUUGUCAUUGACGAUGAUGAAGAUGAAGUUGUCUUUCUAGAGGAAAAGGAGGACAUGCCCUCAGAAAAAUCUGAACUCACAACUGUGCAGGCCUCUGAAAUAAUUGCAAAUUUGGCACUUGCAAUUGACCACAAGAAAGUCAGCAGGUUCAAUAUAUCGAGAUCUGAUGUAUGGGAUGGAGCUGUAAGAGGCUUUCGACGCAGCUCAUACUACGAAAAAAGUGACAUCUUUGUGAAGUUCACAGAUGAUGCAGGUUCUUUUGAAGAAGGGUUGGACACAGGUGGGCCGAGGCGAGAAUUCCUCACACUUCUUAUGACUCACCUGAGAAAUCGUCCCAUCUUCGACGGACCUCCAGAAAAACGCUAUCUUGUGUACAAUCCCUCAGCUGUCAGGGAAGAUGAGUACUAUCUUGCAGGCAAGAUGAUUGCUGUGUCCAUUGUACACGGGGGACCAGCACCACAUUUCGUCUCAAAGGACCUUGUCAACCACAUAAUAGGGAAGCCAGGUUUCAGCGCAACUGUGGAAGAUGUAAAAGAUGAGGAUAUAGGGAGAGUUCUACAUCAGGUCCAGGAAGCCGAAUCAGAGGAGUCUUUGCAAAAUAUAAUUUUGCAAAACAGCUCAAUGUUCCAAACAGCUGGAUGCUUCCGACCUGUCAAAGCUUGUCAGAAGCAUGCACUUGUGGAGGAGUACCUCAAAUGGUACAUUAUAGACCGCAACCACAUUGCCAUUCAACGAUUCAAAGACGGACUGGCUAGUCUGGAGUUUUUGGCUUCAGUCCAGAAGCAUCCUGAUGUGCUGUCUCCUCUCCUGUGCUAUUCUACAAAGACACUGACUGCUUCAGAAAUAGAGCAUCUGUUCAGCCCAGGCUUCAGCACAAAGGGAAGCAACAGGUGGCAGAAAGAAACCAAAGUUAUCGGAUUUUGGGCCGAUUUUCUAAUGGAAUGUGAAGAUGAAGUGUUGGCUGUGUCCCUGCAAGAUGUGCUAAUGUUUGCCACUGGCUUGUCAGCACUUCCACCAGCGGGAAUAACACCUCAUCCAACUGUGGAGUUUUUAAAUGAUUCGCCGCUUCCAAUGGCAACCACAUGUUCAAACACACUCAAGCUCCCACUACUCGACUCCUACAGUGUCUUUACAAAGAAUAUGGAGUUCGGCAUCCUAAAUGCGCCAGGCUUUGGGUGUUUUUAGUUGCCAAAUGCACAUUCAUGCAUUAUCAUAAAUUGAGCUAGCUUGAUUUAGGCUCUAUUUUAUGUAUUUUUUGUCUUUUACUUUUCUCAUCUCUGGUCAGAAUAAUGCCUUUCAAAGCAAUUUCUGCUUGUUUGCAUAUGUACUGUAACUGUACUGCCUCUCGUUAAAAGGCCAUUUGGGACAUGUAAGUAAUAGUUCACCAGUUAGAGUGCUUCUGUACAAUGUUCAAAUCGGUGCAGUUAGCUACUUGCAUAGCAACUUACUUAGAGCGAGAGCAGUGUCCUGAUUUAUGUAUUUUUCAUUUUUUGCUGUUCCCUGUGUUUUACAUCGCUACAUUUCAAGAUGUAAUAAAGAUGUAUUAAAGCAAAA